CCAUGUGCAGGUAAGGGUUCAUCAUCAAGACAACUUACUCUGAGUAGAUUACUUUCAAGUGUUACUGUAUGAAGAUUUUAUUUCAUUACGUUCUACGGCCUGACAGUAACUGGUGCAAGGGUGUGGUGCUGUGAUGAGUGAGGAGCGACCUGUCUUAUCCUCUGAGCCUGGAGACAAAAGAACUCUCCCGGCCAGCUCAGUCACCCAACCUCCAAAUGUUGGCACUGUCCAAACGCCUAGAUUACAAACCAGCAAUCCUAAGUUUCUAACACAAGGCGACGCACCACUGCAAGCCCCACCACCAGACAUUCCACGCCUCCAGCCUCCACCACAACAAACUCCCCGUGCUCAGCUUCCAGUACAAGCCAACCCAUCUCCCUACUCUCAGCCCUUCCUCCUCCUCUUCACCCUCGCCUCUGCCUGGGCUGGGGUGGAGGGGCUGGACUGCUUCAAGUGUGGGUCCGUCAACGGGUCAGAUCCACAAUGCAGCGACCCCUUCCACCAUAACUACAGCACCGCCUACCUGGCAUCCCCGUGCCUCGCCGGCUGGAAGGGGCGUGAGGGCGUCUUUCCCGCCUCACACUGCGUCAAACUCUCGGGCUACUUCUACCAGACAGGGGAGACUAUGUUUGUGAGAGGCUGCACCACGGAUUCCGGAACACUCACCGUAGACACUGAGUUGGGCAGACAGAGCCACUGCGGCGUGUUCCUCUACGACGACAGGCUUGUCGUGGGCUGCGUGGAGGCGUGUAACGAAUUUGAUGGGUGCAAUGCUUCUUCACAUCUCUCCGCUUCCCCUUACCUCCUCCUCUUCCUCCUGGUACUGCUGCUACUCCUCCUCUUCGUCCACCUGCUGUCGGUGCGUGUUGGUGAUGGUGCAGACUUGUAAGAAGAAAGGUGGAUGUUACAAAUUAUUCACUAUUUUAUCAUAUUGUUUUUAAUCGUUAUCUUGUGUAACAUUAACCCCUUCAGUACUGGGACACAUUUUUGCCUUGAGAUUUGCGUACAAUUAGACCAUUUUGUCGACAUUAGGGAGGGUGUAUGGAGGUCAGAAGAUUAAUGGCCACAGUCUUCACUAUUCUAAUCCCCCACAUAAGUUUGACAAGCUGUAUAAAAUCACCAAAUAGUAACCAGAAGGAAUAAGGAAACGUUUAAUGAUACUCAAAGGGUUAACUGUGACUCUUCUUACUCUUAUUGAUACUACUAUAUAACUCCUCUCUUCCUCCUCCUCCUCCUCCUUCUCGUAUUUCUCGUCCUACCCUUUUCAUUCUCUCAUCUUCGAGCUUUCAUGCUAUACAUAACGCACGCCACAGACCACCUUACCAGUACACUUGACGUAACCAGAGCUAUGUGCACCCCAUCACAUAUUACCUCUGCACCAUCUGUUUCCCACAACACUGCGAGAGAUCGAGUUGCUUUUCUUUCAGUUGUUCUCUAAUAUUUCCUACAUGCAGUGAUUCACGGUUUCGCAGCUUUUCUUCUUGUUUCCUAUUGUAUUCCUCGUAUUUCCCCAUUUCUGUUUUAUCUCUAGAUUUUUGUCUUUUUUUUUAGUUGAUUCAAUUACUUUCUCAUUACAGUAGUUUAGCAUCUUAUUUUUCUCCUCUCUAUACUUAUAUUUUCUCCUUCCAUUAUUUCCCAUAUCUUUCAUUACCAAGAUAAUUGUUGUUGUUUUCCUUUUCUCCUAUUCAAUAUUUUUCUUCUUAAACACAAACACAAUGCAGGUUCUUUAUCCCUCCACCACAGUUAUUUCAAUGUUGUUCUUUAUUCUUUGAUGUUUCCAUUAGCUUCAUCUUAAUGGCUUGAGACCUCACUUUAUUUUCUCUCGUCGACAACGUUUUCUACAGCUGUUG